AUGGGGGAGGGGCGUUGUGAGUUUUUUCCGCAUUUAGAAACGGAUUUGCCGUCGAGGAACGAGGCGUGCCAGAAUGCAGUGGGUGUUCUCGAGCAAAUUCUUUCCAUCUCGGAUCUUCACAUGACGGCGCGGGCCACGCUGCACGAGACCCAGUGCUCUUCCGUGCCCACACUCUCUUCAAUGACGGAAACUAUUGCGCAUAAUAGUCAGCUGGUAUGUGAGCACACCGCUGCACUGCUAAAAAAGUUAGUACCUGAACCCCGUGAGGUCAGUGAAGGCGAGGUGACCGGUGGAAGCCAGAUUUCCUCGCCAAAAAUAGCGGAUUUUCCAUCUUUUGUCCAAAAGUCUCGUCUUCUGCACGAACGAGUGCGGCGUGUGGCUGUCACCCUCGGUGGCCUCAAGCAUUCUCGUCUGCUGGGUGAAGAAUCUGCUGGACGGCGCAUCAUCACAGAGCGCGCCUCCUUGGCGAUCAAGCAGCUGCUGGACGUGCUUCUGGCGGUGGAGGCAACAGUUGAUGAAACGCCUUUGUCGUCCAGGGCUGGACAGGGCACCGCUCGUUCACGGUACUUCGUGCUUGACUCCCAACGGUCUUCUGAGCCUUUAGAGGCACCAUCAACGGAGUCCUCCCAUGCAGCAGGUGGCAUGCUCUCCUCUGGUGAAAUAAAUAGAGACAAUCCACCAAAGUCAAUUUCUUUUGAAAACGGAUCACAGGGGAAAAAAAUUAAUAGAAAUUCUCCAAGAUAUUUAACGACAACUCGCUUGCGCCCCACGGCAGAAAAGAAGGAGGAACGCGAGGUAAGUAAAACACGCACCAGUUGUUGUGAAGGGAAGCAUUUGCCAUUUCUUCAAGAAGAGAGGAAGGAAUCAAGCAGCAAUUCUUUCUAUUCUUGUUUUUCCGCUAGUGUUUCGUCUGGAAAUGCCGACACGAUGGGACAGUCUUCUUCACAGCGACCGUACGACAAGAAGGUUGCGUCACCAACUUCUCCGAAGUUUAGGGAAAUAAAUUGCGGAAAUGCCGAUUCCUUGGAAACCAUAGCAUCAACCCAUUGCAUCCCGCUGGAAGAGCUGUGGAGCAUCAAUACACAAUUAAUUGCAUUUAAAAACAAACUCUUACCUCCAAACACAACCGUGCGUGUGCCAAUUCGAAACGAGGAUCUCAGUACAGCAGUACCAACUCGUGUGAAUGUACACAGAAGAAUAUUUCGGGGAAAACUUUGGCGAGAGCUUUUGCGUAAUGAGGACCCUACUUUCACCUCCAGGUGGAAGGAACUUUUCAUUGAAGAAGUAGUACUGCUGUUUGGGAUUCCGCACCGAUGGGUGUCCGAUGUUCAGUUGGCGAAUGAUACACAGACGACAUUGACUGGUGGAGAUCAAGCGGUGAAGUUUCGAGUGCGUCUUCCUUUAUCACUUGAGGCGAAUGAAGUCAACACGAGGAUACAAAAUCACGAAUUUAUCAGCAUGCUUCUUCUUUACGAAGAAUUACAGAAAAAGAAGGAAGAAGAGGAGAUAAAAGAAGUUUCACAAAGUGACACAAACUCAUUUCUGUCGGUAGCAAGCCGUGACAAUCCUGAAUCCAUGUCUCCACCAGAAUUUGCAAACACUGCUGUCCCAAAUAGCGAUGCAGGGAGUAGUGAUAGCCGCAGUGGAAGUGGGUUUGAUGAUUGUCAUAACUGUCUUAGUAACAAAAUAAAAAAUGACAAACUUUUGCUGGAUGCAUCCUCUGCGAUCAUUCAGAAAGAGACGCUGUCGAGGGAUGCUUUGAUUGUCCAGGAAAAAUAUACCCGCAAACUCGUUAUGAAAAAGUCAACACAAAAUCAACACAUGCCGGGACACGAGCAGCAAGGCGGACAAAAGCAAUUUGAUGUGUCGUUGCCCACUUACCGUAACCACACGGGGCAGCAGGAACCACAGAGUGAGGCGAGUGAUGCAUUGGAGGAAGUUUCUUCUUUUCGUUUUCCCAACACGCAUCUAGCGUGUGUCUUGCCACCGUUGCCUCCGCAGAGCUCUGCAUUCCCAUGCCACGAGCACGUGUCAACAUCAACGGUGGAUGAAGAAAGAACGGAGUUGUCUGCGUCAUCGCCAUCCCCGUCGCCCGUAAGGAAUGACUGUGAGGUCAAUGAUGCGGAUUACAAAGAGAAGAGUAUUUUUGGUAACGGCAGUCUCUUAAUGAAUCCGCACUUGCCUGAGAGCUCAGAACGAGGGUUCGUCUUGGGUCCUCGAAAGGCUUGGGAACCGACCGUGCAGUGGUUCUACACCUCCCAUAAAAAGGUCAUUUCAGGAGAGAGAUGGGAUCUCGUCCUUGAAAAGGAAAGGGACGAGCUGCGCCGCACAUUUAUAGCGGAAGUGGCUGCAUUGUUUGAACUUCCGGAGGAGAAUGUCACGGCAGUGGAGUUUGUACUUGGUAGUCUUCACGUCACCUUUAAUCUCAUGCAUGAUCGUUACUUAAAAGCGGCGGAGAUUGACGCACUUCUUACUGUUUUUGACUUUCCGCAGGUCCGUAUUCUUUACCAUCGUUGCGUUGAAGACGUCAACGCAUUUCCCCCAGUCCCAAGUGAUAAAAUGAGUGGAAGUGGCUAUGAGAGGCAGAAUGUCAAUGCAAAUGAUUUAAGAAUGCAAUUGCCCCCAGAUAACAGUAUCGCAGGCAAAAGCACGAGCUCCUUUCGUAAUGAAUGUGCGGACGAGAAAUUAGUUCGACUAGCAAGUGAGGAAAGUUUGUUUUUUUGUGGACGACAGUUGUUUCCUGUGCGUUUGUCUAUGAAUUCUUUGCAGGAGAACGCAGCCACCCCCGACAAUGAGCCUAUUACAUUUGCUCAUUUGGCGCUUCUACAUGAUAUAUCAACAGAUGCACUUGUGAGGGCGAACCCACACCUUGAAGCGUUUGGUGUCAACGAUCCACUUCCUUCCUCGGCACAUAUUGUAAUUCCGCGCCUUACACUAGAUGAUGAUGCUUGUGGCUUUAAAGAGGGUUACGAGGAACACAAUUCAAAUAGCACAACACCAAUUUUGGUAAACCAAACAACACCAGGUUUGGGCACUGCAAAUGCUGAUGAAAAAAGUUGCUCAAAAUCGUCCAUGAACCUCAAGGAUUCCGCAAUGGAGAUGGAUUCGAAUGGCCAGGCGUUGCGGCAACGAAGCACGCAUUUUCAUUCAGACGGAAAUUUGGAUCCAAUUUCAAGGAAUUGCCCCGUCAACGUCUCUGUCGGGCCAUUAGAAGCCUCGGAUUCACCUGUAGUUUUGCCCGCUGCCUGUGCUAGUUAUCAGAGCUCGGGUACGCUUAUUGGCAUGCGCGAGGAGAGUCCUACGGCGGUUGUCGUUUCAGGAAGUGAUGGAGAAAAGAGGACUGUUGGGUUUGGUUUAGAAAGUACCCCAUUUAAGCAGCCCACUCAGGAAGGCGCGGAUGGGAACGGACACGCGCUAGCCACGGGGUCAGAGCCAAAGGGGGUUCACAAAAAAUUGCACGAUUUUGCGUCAUUACAUCAGGUUGUCAAACAGCAUUUACUUGCACCACCCCAACGCUCCAGGCCUUUUAUGCGUCAUGUUUCAGACCUCCGCGUGAAGCCUUCUUUUUCCACAAUAAGGGAUGCCGCUGUUAGACGUGAUCAGGCGGUAUUACUGAUGUUGCGUUCAACCGAGCAGUUUAUUCUUCUUCGAUUUUUUGCCAGGUGGCAAUACAUUGCACGAAUACGUAAAGGCCAUCGUGAGUCCCUGGCGUUGCGGAGAGUGCCGUUGGAGGGAAGCCCAACGAAGAGUCCGAUUCAGGAGACGGAGUCUUUGAAUUCUCGGUUUUGGGAAAAAACUUUAGGCGAGGCGUUGGCACCACAACAUGUGGUGCCAUCAAAAACAAGGCCGGUGCGUGGUCAAAAUGCAGAGCUUAUCGCGAAAACAAUAGAGGCCAUUGCACGGACUGAGAAAAGAGGUGUUUCAUCGCGAAACGCCAACCAAAAUAUAUCAGUUCAAAAAAAGUCUUUUUUUCCCGCACAGCAACAUAUGCAAGAAGUAAGUUCCGGCACUCAUGCCAUUUCCGUGUCUGCGCCCAUGAAAACAUUUGGAGGUGAUCACAGUUCACAGUCAGGUUACGAAUUCGCUCACACUGGUUCUCGAGAGUCUCCUCGUUCACCCAGUAGUUGCAGCAGUUCCCCGCGUCUUGCUUUUAGUGGUAUGAGCAGCGACCACUCUGGUUAUUCUGCCUCCGCUUUUGUUCAUAGGCCAAAUGUUGUGCCUGAUUUAGGUGUAUCUGAGCGACCUCCCUUAGGGCUUUGUGUUUCCUCCUUAUUGACUGUCACUGAAGUGCAUGGAGAGGCAGAGGCAGCUGGGAUCCAGCGAGGUGAUCAAAUAUGGGAAGUAGGAGGCCAUAGCGUGCGAACGUUGAAAGAUUUUCGAAAAGUCUUAGCAUCUACAGACGGAACACAUAUUUGUGUGGGAAUACGGAAGAAAAGCAGUGGUGCACUUACAAGGAUCCGUCUUCGUCGAGGUUGGAGGGGCCCAAUUGAGAGUGAAGGAAGUCCGUCAACGAACUCAUCACCUUUGGAGCCCAGGAUUAUUUCCAUGCUUGGCAAAUCGAGGAGCGCCUUUUUGGCUUCUGCUAUGAACCGGGCACACAGUGCGUUUGUACCGAAGAGCGUGCAACAGUCGUAUUUGCCCUUGAAUAACACUGAACACGGUUCCUAA